AUGUUACCAAAAAAAUAUCUAAAAUCAUCUCCAUCACUUAUUAUUGAUAAUUCAGAAAUCAAUUCACAAAAUUUAAAUUCAGAAAAUAUUACUAACCAGGUUAAAUCAAAUGAACUAACGAUUAAUGAAGAAUCUACGACUCAAUCUAUGGUAAGUUUAUUUGAAAAUGAACUUGAAAAACAUGAUCAAAAUCCAAUCGAUAAUAAUUUAAAUACAAUUAAUAACGAUAUAAAACAAAUCAAUUUUGAAAAUUUCAUUGACGAUAUUGCUUUAUGGCCCUUAUCCAUAACGGACAAUUUUUGGGAAUACUUCACACUUCAUCCUCCAAAUCAAAAUAUUCAAACUAUAGACGAGUCCAAGAAAUCGAUAAGAGGUAUUUCUCGUAAAUUAAAAAAAACAUAAUUUUUAUAUAACAAAAAUGAAUGGUACCUCAGUUCCAAGAACUUGGUUAAUAUAUUCUCCCUCGGGUGUCAGCGUAUUCUGUUAUAUUUGUAAAUUUUAUGCUAAAACUUCAAAACAUUUACUUUGCAAGGAAGGUUAUAGUGAUUGGCAUCAUAUUACUGAACGGCUUAUUGAACAUGAGAAUUCAACUACUCAUAGAAAUGUAAUAUGUGAUUAUUCCAAUCGUUCUGUAGAAUUAAAACGUACUAUAGCUGUAAUUCAGUUUGGCCAAAGAGGUUUAGCUUUUUUUGGGGAAAAUGAAAUAUUAGGUAAUUCCCAUAAUGGUAAUUUUUUAGGUAUUAUGGAAUUAAUAGCUAAAUUUGACCCAUUCCUUAAGGAACAUUUAAAUAAUUAUGGAAAUAAAGUUAGUGGAAAAUCUAAUUAUAUUUCACCCCAUAUAAUUCGUGAGCUUAUAUCACUGAUGGCAGAUAAAGUUUUAAAUGUAAUUGUAGAAGAAAUAAAAAAUGCUAAAUAUUUUGGCCUUAUUGUAGACUCAACGCCAGAUGUGACACAUAUAGACCAACUAGCUAUAGUUUUACGUUAUGUAAAAUCUGAUGGCCAAGCCAUUGAACGUUUUAUAAAAUUUAUAGAUAUUUAUAGUCAUAAUGCUGAAUACUUAACAUCAACUGUUAUUGAAACAAUAAA